AUGAUCCAACAACUGUGUCGACACUGCAACAUCGACACGUUCAGCAUGAUGUUUGCACUCACGCCCAAGAGCUUCAACACGAUACACGCGCUGGACAACACCUCUGAUCACCAAGUCAUCGAGGCCAUGAUCGCCAUGGGAUUUCCAUUCAGCAAGAAGGCAAUGAUCAACGCUGUCUCGCGCAAAGACAUGGAGAUUGCCAAGCGAUUCCUUGGACUGUACCCAUUCACCAUCAGGGGUGGGCUGGGCGCGGCGUUUCGCAUCGCCAUCGAGCGUGGUCACAUGGACAUGGUACAGCACCUGUGGGGCGUGAUGGGAAGACCGCGACACUGGGCCAUUCGCGCGAUCAAUUGUGCGGCCAGAUACGGGCACAUCUCAAUCAUCGAGUACUUCUACUCAUUGUAUCCCAAGUUCUCUCUCCGCCCCUCAAAUGCAGUGGGCAAUGCCAUCUUGUCUGGCGACCCGAAUGUCGUCAAGUUGCUUCUGAACCAUGGGGCACAACGACAUGUUGGUCGAAUGGAGGAGUCACAAUUCAUUCAAAACACAUUAUAUUAUGGUCGCCAAGACCUUGUACAUGCAUUGCUGGCCUGUGGAAAUCUGGUUAAUAGUUAUUAUGGCAAGCAGACAUCUCUGGACAAUAUGAUCACGCACAACUUUGUCGAUCUUUAUCAGCGCAUCUAUGACAUGGUGUAUCCCAACCAGGUUGGCGUGUGGUCGCCAUCAGUCGCUGUACUUAACCAUAUGACCAGGACUAACUCCUCCAACUCUCCCACAUUGGACUUCCUCGAGAGUGUCGACAUUCUGGUCCGUCCCGACAGCUUACCAAACCUGAUGAAAAGAGCAUCAGAGAUGGGCAAUCAAAGGGCAAGUAGUGGAGUUGAUCAAUGUGUGUCCAGCCUUUACUAA